UACACUUUACGUAAACAUGGACCAUGUGGGUUUUGCGGGAAAAUCAGCGACUUCGAAAAUCUAGUGUUUGUUAGCUAAUCUACUAAAAGAAAUACAAAAGACUUCAAUUUUGGUCGGAGAGUUAUGAAAUGGCACCAAAGAGAAAGGCAUCUGCUGUUAAAGAACAAGUAAAUGUAACAGAAAGUGAUGUUGAUGUGAAAAGGAAACGACAAUGUAGAAGUAGACCUAAUACCUCAGUCACUAAACAGAAGGAAGAGCAAACAGAAAAGGCUGUUGGUAGAGGGAGAGUCACUAAACAAAAGGAAGAGCAUACAGAAAAGGUUGUAGUUAGAAGGAGAGUCACUAAACAGAAGGAAGAGCAAACAGAAAAGGCUGUUGGUAGAGAGAGGGGUUCGAGGUCUCAAGGAAGACAGGAGAAACUUGAAGGAAACAAUUCUGUUUUGACUGAAGAUAAUCAGGAUGGGUCACAUCCUAAAACUUUUGAUAAAGGUAACAAAAGCACAAAAACUCAAGUUAAAAAUGAAAAAUUGAAGCAGCCAAACAAAGGGAAGAGAAAACAUGUUGGUAAUAUAAAUGAUCAUGAAAAUUUAGAAGAACCUGAACCAUUUAAUUGCAAAGUUGAAGAAAAUCAGAACAAUGUAUUUAAUGAGCUAGAAUCAGGGAAGGUAUUGAACAAGUUCAAAGAUGAAGUUUCUGAUAAAGAUUAUAUCAAUCCUUUAGUGUGUAUCAGUGGAGAAGCUAACAAUGUAUCAGGAUUUGAUAUUGACUACAUGAGUUCCUUCAGUAGUGAUGACAGUGAAUCUGAAGAAGAUGACAAAAAGUUGUCAUUCCCUUCGACCAACUUUGAAAAAAGUUCAAUUAGCAAGGACAAUAUCGUAAACAAAACCUCAGAAAAAUCAGUGAAAAAUGAGAAAACCUUUACCAGUAAUCGAAAACAACCUGAAGUGUUGCAUGUAUCAGAUGAGGAUGAUCAAAGAUUGUCCUCAGAGGAUGACUUUGAGACAUCCCAGAUUGGGACAUCGGACAGGAAAAGGAAGGCAAAGGGAAACACAAGUGGAAGAGUAAAUAAAGAAAAGAAAACGAAACCUAACAAAACAAAGCAUGGGAAACAAGAAGAACCAUCUGAAAAAAACGCAAAGAAAGGAACUAAACCAAAACCAAAAAAGGAAAGUAAUAAAACCAUAUCAAAACGAAAGAAGUCAAAUUUAGACAAUUCAACAGUGAAAACACAUACAAACAGUAGUAAGGUAAAAGAAGAAACUGUUCAGGUCAGAAAAAAUCCGUUGAAACAUUUGGAUGAGUCUGAUGUGGCUUCCGUGUUGAUUUUGAUGGAAGGAAAAAAGAAGGGGGAUAACUCUGAUGCAGGUCCUUCAGGGUUUGGGACUGUUGAUAGGUCAGAUGAAGAGAGUGAUCCUAGUAUGAUAGAGAGCAGUGAUGAGGAUGAAGAAGGAGACUGGGAGGAUGUCCAAGAUGACUUGUCCCAGCGUUCCCCCAAGAAAAACCAGCUGCCAGAAGGAGGGGUAGAAAUCACAAUAGACGCUCCUCAACUUUAUAGGAAGAGGAAGAAGAAGCAGUUUGACUGGAAGCAAUAUGUGCAGCGUCAGAUCAACAGAUUUCAGAAGGGAGUACGGGAGGAUAUUCACAAGGUUCACCUGAUGUGCCUGCUGGUAAGAGGUAUGUACCUGAGCCGGGUGUGUAACUAUCCUCAACUGACGGCCCAGGCGAUUUCCAUCACCCCAGACGAGUUCAGCAGCCGGCGCCCUGAUAGCAUCACCAUGGCAACACUCUCUAGAUUGGUCAAGUGGUUCAAGUCAGUGAUCCGUAUCGCAGAAGGGCAGUCUGAAGAAAACCAAAUGAAGUGUGUAUUACAAAGGGACUUUGAAGAGAAGAGAGCAAACAAUAUACUGGAGUUAGUGUUGUUGUUCAUCGUUCUGCUUCGAAGUAUGGGUCUGGAUGUCCGUCUCGUGAUGUCACUUCAGCCAAUGUCCUCAAAACCAUCAAAGGAGGAUGCAUCAUCAAAGUCAAAGCAGAAAAAAUCACUGCCAAAUGGUAGAAAUUCAAAGGCUUCUAAACCUGCUAAACAAUCUACGAAGUCCAAGCAAAAGGGAGCACAACAUGAUGAAGAUAGUUGUUCCCCAACUAAAAAAGUACAACCAAAGAAAAAGAAAAAAGAAGCAAAAGGCAAAUCAUCCAAAUUUUUCAAAAACUCAGAUAGUGAGAUGGAAGUUGUUAAAUUGGCAGGUAGGAAUAAAUCUAAGAAAACAAAGGAACAGAAAUGUGAUUCAGAAGAUGUAGAAGAAAAAUACAAAGUGAAAAAUAAAAGUUUGAGAGAACGUGGUUCAAAGGUCAAACCUUCAAGUUACAAGCAAGAGAAUGAUAUUGAUGAUGAGGAGGAGAAGGAGGAUGGGGAUUCUGAUGAAAGUUUUAUGUCAGUCAGUGACACAGAGGUUUGUGAUUCAGCAAGGCAGAAGAGCAAAAGGAAUAGCAAGCAAACUCAGAAAAGUAGAAAAAGAAAGGUCUCCCCAGACGUGAAGGCACCAGAAUCUCAGAGCAGUGAAAAUGAAAGUGAUUUUGAACCAGACCAGACUCAAUUUCGUAGUCCUCUAAGAACCAAGAAACCUUUGAAAAACAACAGGAAGGUUUUGUCCUCCGAUUCUGAUGACUCUAGUAGUACAGCUAGAGAAGGCUGUGACCAGUGGGCCGAGGUUUACCUGGAGACAGAGCACAAGUGGAUAUGUGUGAAUUUUGUCAAAGGAGAACUCAAUGCACCAUACGCAAUAGAAAGUCAUGCAUCUCAACCUGUCCAUUAUGUCAUGGCAUAUAGCAAUAAGGGUUACACAAAGGACGUGACGGCCAGAUAUGCUGCCAGCUGGCUGACUGACACACGUAAACUUAGAGCAGACCCAGAUUGGAUAGAGGAGACAUUCGCACCUUACGUAGACCCUGAUACAGAUGCUGGAGAACGGGAGGACACAGCCAUUAAGGAUAACCUAAUCAGACGUCCAAUGCCGACAAGUGUUGGGGCCUUUAAAGGACAUCCUUUGUAUGCCUUGAAACGUCACCUGCUGAAGUUUGAGGCGAUCUACCCGAACUCUGCUGUACCGCUCGGCUUUAUUAGGGGAGAACCUGUGUAUGCACGGGACUGUGUUCAUGUGUUACAUUCCAGGGAAAACUGGUUAAAGGAAGGGCGAGCUGUCCGACUUGGUGAGGAGACCUACAAAAUGGUGAAGUCCAGACCUAAAUGGAAUAAACCAAAAGAAAAUCCAGAUGCACUGGACCUGGAACUUUUUGGACACUGGCAGACUGAAGAUUACAUCCCACCACCAGCUGUUGAUGGUAAGGUUCCACGAAACGAGUAUGGGAAUGUGGAACUCUUCAAGGAAAGCAUGUUACCAGGGGGAACGGUACACUUGAAAGUGCCCGGAUUAAACAAAGUUGCCAAGAAACUUGGUAUUGACUGUGUUCCUGCCAUGAUGGGAUGGGACACACACUGUGGAUUCUCUCAUCCCAUACUAGAAGGGUUUGUUGUGUGUGAGGAACACAAAGAUAUCCUAUUGGCCGCCUGGGAUGAAGAUCAGGAGAUACAGCGCCAGAAGGAGGCUGAGAAAAAGGAAAAGCGAGUGAUCGCUAACUGGAAACUGUUGACAAAGGGACUCCUGAUUAAGGAAAAACUCAAAAGGAGGUUUGACCUUCAGACGUUCACUAAGGCAAGUUCGGAGAACCAUUUGGAGAAAUGUGAGGAUCCAGACGCAGCCAAAGCUGAAGACGUUGAGAAAUCCUGGCCUAGAAACAGGGAAAUCAAGAAAAAGGGAAAGAAAAAGUAUUCUGAAACAGAAGUGAUCUGAAAUCAACAUAAUGUGACACAGAGUUGAUCUGAAAUCAAUAUCAUGUGACACAAGUGAUCUGAAAUUAAUAGAUUGUGACACAAGUGAUCUGAAAUUAAUACAAUAUGACACAGAAUUGGUCUGAAAUUAAAAUUAAUAUAGUGUGACACAAGUUUGAUCUGAAAUCAAUAUGGUUUAACACAGGUCAUUAGAUACCAUUAUAAUUAGACUAAGAUGUGAUCUUAACGUCAAUAGAAUGUGAAUCAGAACUGAUCUAAAAUCAGUAUAAUGUGAGAGAAGCCAUCUGACAUUAGUGGCCCGGUUAUGUGAGAAGUCAUCUGAUAGUAGUGGCCCGGUUAUGUGAGAAGUCAUCUGACAGUAGUGGCCUGGUUAUGUGAGAAGUCAUCCGACAGUAAUGGCCCGGUUAUGUGAGAAGUCAUCUGACAGUAGUGUCCCAGUUAUGUGAGAAGUCAUCUGACAGAAGUGGCCCGGUUAUGUGAGAAGUCACCUGACAGUAGUGGCCUGGUUAUGUGAGAAGUCACCUGACAGUAGUGUCCCUGUUAUGUGAGAAGUCACCUGACGGUAGUGGCCCGGUUAUGUGAGAAGUCACCUGACAGUAGUGACCUGGUUAUGUGAGAAGUCAUCUGACAGUAGUGUCCCAGUUAUGUGAGAAGUCAUCUGACAGUAGUGGCCCGGUUAUGUGAGAAGUUAUCUGACAGUACUGGCCCGGUUAUGUGAGAAGUCAUCUGACAGUAGUGUCCCAGUUAUGUGAGAAGCCAUCUGACAGUAGUGGCCUGGUUAUGUGAGAAAUCAUCUGACAUGAGUGGCCAGGUUAUGUGAGAAGUCGUCUGACAUUAGUGGCUUGGUUAUGUGAGGAGUCAUCUGACAGUAGUGGCCCGGUUAUGUGAGAAGUCAUCUGACAGUAGUGGCCUGGUUAUGUGAGAAGCCAUCUGACAGUAGUGUCCCUGUUAUGUGAGAAAUCAUCUGACAUGAGUGGCCAGGUUAUGUGAGAAGUCAUCUGACAGUAGUUGCCUGGUUACGUGAGAAGUCAUCUGACAGUAGUGGCCUGGUUAUGUGAGAAAUCAUCUGACAGUAGUGACCCGGUUAUGUGACAUCUGAGGCAUGUAAAUGGAUGUUUCCAAGAGGGAUCUUUCUUUCUUUGUUUUAAGUAAAAAAAAGCAUGAUGUCUCAGGUUUUACUUUACAAAAGUAUAUACUUAAUUUCAAAUCAUUCCUUUUUAUAGGCAGAACUGUAUUCAUAUUUGUAACCAGGACCUUAUAAUGUAUAUUGAGAGUAGAAAAAGAUCAUAAUGAGUGAAUGUCUUCCAAAACUGAUAUAAAUUCAUUAAUUGUUAGUCAUUUUAAAAUGAAAGUAAUAAAGGAUAA